GCUACCCAAAGUAACUUCACAGUGGCGCGUUCCUGUGCCAUCAACUCCACAAUAUUAUAUAUAUAUAUAUAUAUACGUACCUAUAUAUCCAUCUCCAUGUAAACUGAUGUUUGUUUGAACAUGGUUUGCAUAAUCUCGCAUUUUCAACUCUGCAAUAUGCCCUAGGUAAUGAACAUGGCCCGACCUCCGGACCCCAUUGUCAUUUCAGAUGAUGAAGCGACCGAAUCUUCGGAAUCAGCACAUGGGCCUGUUGCAACUACCUCCACAAAGAAGCGCAAAAUAAAACCGGAAAUAUUGGAUAAGGUUGAAUGGAGUGAUGACUCCGAUAUCACCUAUGAGGUAUUCAAGAAGCAUAAGGCAAGCCGGAAGUCACCAUCUAUGAAAGGUAAAGGCAAAGGCAAGGCUGUCGCAAAGGGCCAUGCGCGUAAUCCUGCCAGAUCAAAGAAGGAUAAAGGUCGCCAAAACGAUGACAGUGUAUCAUCCUCAGACUCCGAUCUUCCAGAAAAAUUACUUCCUCAAUACAUACAGGAUCGUCGCAAACAGUUUGAUCAGAACCGUGAAAUUUUACGUGAAGGCGGCCUCCGAUUACCCCCGGACUAUUCAGAUGUCUAUUUUUCCGACGAUGAAAGGCUAGCCGACUUAGAAGAGAAGCCCCAGUUCGAUGAGAAGAGUGGUAUUAAACCAUGCCGCCCUUACAAAGACGUGGUUCUAGAACAUUCAGCUGGUGUCAUCCCAGCCUCUAUUGCACAAUACCUUCGAGAUUAUCAAAUCGAAGGAGUCAAGUUCCUCCACUAUCUCUUCGUCUAUCAGAAAGGUGGGAUCCUUGGCGAUGAUAUGGGUUUGGGUAAAACCGUCCAGGUGGCUGCCUUCCUCACUGUCAUGUUCGGCAAGACUGGAGACCGCCGUGAUGCAAAAAGGAUGAGGAAAUUCCGACGAACCAAGGAUGAUUGGUAUCCUCGCGCUUUGGUCAUCUGUCCUGGCUCCUUGAUUCGCAAUUGGAAGAACGAACUAGAUAGAUGGGGAUGGUGGGAAGCUGACUUAUAUCAUGGCGCCAACAGGGACGACGUCCUAGGCGCUGCCCGUGCAGGAAGACUAGAAAUCAUGAUCACCACUUAUACCACCUACAAGAAUAGCCGCGAUCAGGUCAAUAGAGUUCCCUGGGAUGUUGUUGUGGCAGAUGAAUGCCAUUCAAUUAAGGACAUCGCAGCAGGAAUUACGCAAGCGAUGAAUCAGGUCAACUCCCUUUGUAGGAUCGGCCUGACCGGAACAGCGAUCCAGAACAAAUACGAAGAACUUUGGGCGCUUUUAAAUUGGACGAACCCCGGGCAAUUCGGGACCCUAGGAGAAUGGAGGAAUACUAUCUGUAAGCCACUGACUAUUGGUCAAUCGCAUGAUGCUACUAUUCCCCAGCUGAGUGAGGCCCGGAAGACGGCGAAGAAACUUCGGUUCAAUCUGCUCCCUCGCUUCUUUCUGCGCCGAAUGAAGAGUCUCAUCGCCCACCAGUUACCGAAAAAGAGCGAUAGAGUUGUGUUCUGCCCGCUUUCCGACCUACAGCGCGAAGCAUACGAAAACAUUCUCGGUAGUGAUGUUGCUGACUUCGUCCGGUCCGCAUUCGACUUCUGCCCAUGUGGGUCGAAAACCAAGCGAGGGUGGUGCUGUUUCAAAGUAAAUGCCGACGGGGAAUCGUGGAAGUCACAAGUGUUUCCCAUCAUAAUAUCACUACAAAAAUUAUCAAAUCAUUUCAACCUCAUUGUCCCGCAAAACUCGGACAUUCCAGAUAAACACAAACGAGAACUCCGAUUUCUGCAAGCCGCGAUGCCAGAUACAUGGAAAGAACAUUAUGCCAGCCGAGACUCCUUGCUCAAUUUAGCCAACCCAGAAUAUUGUGGGAAGUGGAAAGUCUUGAGUAAGCUUCUCAAGUUCUGGUACGCUAGUGGUGAUAAAGUCCUGGUCUUCUCGCACAGCGUUCGGCUGCUGAAGAUUCUGCAGCACCUCUUCAACAAUACAAGUUAUACAUUCAGCUAUUUAGAUGGUUCUCUAAGCUACGAAGAGCGUCAACAAGUGGUCGAUGACUUCAAUUCGGAUCCCAAUCAGUUCGUCUUUUUGAUCUCAACCAAGGCCGGCGGUGUCGGUCUCAACAUCACGUCAGCCAAUAAAGUGGUGAUUAUGGAUCCACACUGGAAUCCGUCCUAUGACCUUCAGGCACAAGAUCGUGCCUAUCGAAUUGGCCAAGUACGUGAUGUAGAGGUAUAUCGUCUCGUUUCGACGGGUACCAUUGAAGAGAUCACGUACGCGAGGCAAAUUUACAAGCAGCAACAGGCAAAUAUUGGGUACAACGCCUCCAAUGAGCGUCGCUACUUCAAAGGGGUUCAACAGGAUUCCGAACGCAAGGGGGAAAUAUUUGGGCUAAAGAAUCUGCUGACCUACCAUAGCGACCAAGUCAUCCUUCGUGAUAUUGUGAACAAGACGAAUAUUGCCGAGGCCAAAGCAGGCGUUAAGCUGAUAGACAUCGAUAUGGACAAGGCAGCUAAAGAUGCCGAAGACGACCAGUUCAUCAAGAGAGAAGGCGGCGCCGACGAUGAUGAGACUGGAGGUCUAAAACUUCUAUCGACCCUUCUCACCAAGGACGAGAAUAAAGACGGGAUCUUGAAGCCGGCAGGUGCACGCAAAGUCACUCAUGUUGACCCUAUUCAGGCUAUCCUUGCUUCCGAAGGAGUCGAAUAUACGCACGAAAAUUCGGAAGUUGUAGGCUCGUCAAAAGUUGAGGAUGAGCUAUCACGGCAAGCAGAGUUGGCCGCGAGUCAAGAUUACGACCCGGCGGCUCGCGCUCUAUUCUUCAACAGCCAAGAUGCUGACGCUAGUGUAUCGGUUGAAUACGAAUAUAAUCCUCCGGUGGACGUCAGGCAACGACAGUUCUGCACAAUGGCGAAGACCUUCGGAUUCCCUAGUGUGACGGAGUUUGCCUUAGCGGUCGAGAGUAUGACCCAAGAGGAGCGAAGGAACUGUCUAGAACUCUUCUACAAGAAACGUACGGAGAGGUUGAAGCAUCUAGACGAGGUCCACGCGUCAAAUGUCGGUUCGAAGGUAGAGUCAGAUACGAAGGAAGAUAUCAAGAUGGUAGAUGUGAAGGUCGAACCUACUAAGGACGCAUCGACCGAAACUGAGGACGAUACGGGCGAGGAAGACGUUAAGAUGGAGGAGAUUAAGCCUAGCACACCGCCUAUGAAACGGGAAAUUAAAAAGUCCUCCCCUCUUAGCCAGGACGUAAAGAGGGUCAAGAAGGAAAGUCCGCCAACAACAUCGAAGAGGGCGUCUUUGAGUAUCUGGUUGUCCGACGACGAAGGGGACGAGUUGUAAAUUUUCUUUUUACGAUACCCCGGACUUUCGUUGGGAAUUAAGGAGUUCGGGUGUGAUAGAGUUGCAGGAUCAGUCUUAUUGGAUAUAACGUCAUUGCGCUUUGAUACAAAAUCUACCGGUUGCGUACGGAGAGCAAUGCUACACAGACUUGACUGAGUUUACGUGGUUCGGAACUCGUUGAGGUAAUAUGGCUAGAGCUCCUUAGAAUACAGCCUCACGGCUACUACAUCUACGGAUCAUGAUACCCAAGUUAGGAAUACAGACACCGUCCAUGAUAACAAGGCGAAGUUCGGCACUUCAUAAAUGGUUCGGAGUGCGAGGCUAAUCUUCAUUGAUCAGAUACUUACGUGGAUCAUUUCACUUCUGUGCGCUCGAGUGUCAAGGGAGAGCAAGUUUAUCACACGUAAGCGUCUGUGUCGCGCCGUAAGACAAUCGACUUGACGAAGCCUUGUAAAACGUUUCGAUCACUACCUCCUUUUAGUAAUACUUUGGUUUAGGCAGUCGGAAGUUGCAUAUAGACCGUAUCUUGAAGCUGC